AGCUGCCUUCCAAAGAUGAUCCCUUCCCAGUCCUUCGAUAACACCUCCUUCUUCCAGCCACCUGCUUUCCUGAUGAUUGGCAUCCCUGGGCUGGAGGCCAUUCAUGGCUGGAUCUCCAUCCCCUUCUCCUCCAUGUACACUGUGGCCCUCGCUGGAAACUGCCUGAUCCUCUUGGCUGUGAGGAGAACCCCCAGUCUGCACCAGCCCAUGUACUACUUCCUGUCCAUGCUGGCCCUCACUGACGUGGGCCUCACCUUGGCCACAAUGCCCACCACACUGGCUGUGCUCUGGUUUGAUCAUAGGCUCAUCAGCUUCAAUACCUGUCUAGUCCAGAUGUUCUUCCUCCACUCCUUCUCCGUGGUGGAGUCCUCGGUGCUCCUGGCCAUGUCAUUUGAUCGUUUUGUGGCCAUCUCCAACCCCCUGCGCUAUGCCUCUGUCCUCACAAACAAUGUCAUCAUCAGGAUUGGAGUGGUCAUUGUGGCUCGUGCUACCCUGUCACUCUUCCCAGUGCCUUUCCUGCUUAAACGUCUGAACUUCUGCCCUGAUAAGACCAUUUUGUCCCAUUCAUUCUGCUUCCAUCCUGACGUGAUGAGAAGAGCCUGUGCUGACAUCACCAUAAACAUCCUCUAUGGGCUCUAUGUGGUUGUGUCCACUGCAGGCAUAGAUUCCCUGCUCAUAGUCCUGUCCUACACUUUCAUCCUGUGCACAGUCCUGGGUCUGGCCUCUCCCAGGGAGCGUAUCCAGGCCCUCAACACUUGUGUUUCUCAUAUUUUAGCUGUUCUGGUUUUCUUCAUCCCAGUCAUAGGUGUGUCCAUGAUCCACCGUUUUGGGAGACACCUUCCCCCCAUAGUACACGCCCUUGUUGCCUACGUGUACCUGGUGGUGCCCCCUGUGCUCAACCCCAUCAUCUACAGUGUCAAGUCCAAGCCCAUCAGGGAGGCCAUGCUCUGGGUGCUGAGGAGGAAAUGCCAGAGUUGA